AUGCUUCAGGGUGUAAUCGAUACCCAUCAGGCGAGUCUACGUGGGAUUCUUGCUACCGGAGCCUUGGUUAUCUUUGUCGCAUUGUUUUUGGCCACAUUUCAAUUUCAAGUUCUCUGUUUGCCCUUGAUCAAUGGUAGGAAAAGAUUUGAACUUAGCCUUACGAAUUCGAAAAAGCGAUACUAUGCCGAUGCGAAAGGAUUCAUUCAGUCUGGAUUCUCACAGUCAAAAAAUGGAUUUUAUGCAAUUACAGAAAAUGGAAGGGAGUUGAUUCUCGCUCCAAAGUUUGCCGAUGAUAUUCGUAACGACAAACGCUUUAACUUCCAUACUUACCGUGAGCAUACAAUGCUGCCUAAUGUUGCUGGGUUGGACUUGUUUCAGCUCAAUGAUUUGGGCAAAAAGAUACUGAGCCAUGUGAUCGGGUAUAGAUUGACGCAUAACUUGGUUAACCUAAUCCAACCCUUGUCAGAGGAGGCAGAAGAUUCACUUCAAAAGAUAUGGACCGAUAGCCGUGAGUGGCACGAGGUGCCUCUAAGAAACAGCCUUCUUGCAGUCAUAUCCCAACAGUCUUCCCGAGUGUUUCUAGGAAAAGAAUUCUGCCGAGAUCCAACGUGGUUGAAAAUCAACACUGACAUAACAGUCCUUGCCUUCCGAGCGGUCCAAGAGCUGCGCGUCUAUCCAAAUCUUCUCCGCCCAGUGGUAGGGUGGUUCUUACCUGCUUGUCGGGUAUUACGCUCUGAGGUUCGGAAAGCUCGCAAGAUCAUUGAGCCCAUAGUGCAAAAAAGGCGAGACUACAAAGCGGCAUGUCUUCGAGAACAGACCAACCCAGAGCAAUUUUUAGAUACCAUUGAGUGGGCAGAAGAAUGUGCUGGUAGUCAGGCAUAUGAUCCAACUGUUACUCAACUGACCAUCGCGCUUUCUGCCAUGCAUAACACCUCAGACUUUCUCACUCAGCUUGUCUUCGAUCUGUGUGAGCGGCCAAACUUGAUCGAGGAUCUUCGCCAGGAGAUCAUCUCUGUGAGAAAAAAGCAUCCAUGGGGAAAGGCGACGAUACAUCAUCUCAAGCUCAUGGACAGUGUGAUGAAGGAGAGUCAGCGGUUGAAACCUAUUGGUCUCGUCAAUAUGAGACGCCGUGCGGAAAACUCAGUUGAGCUCGCAGAUGGUCUCAUAAUUAGAAAAGGCGAUCUGCUCAUGAUUUCCUCGGCUAACCAGUGGAAUCCGGCCAUUUACCCCGAUCCUGAUCAAUUUGAUGGGUAUCGCUUUUACAACAUGCGUCAAACGCCGGACAAGAAGAACCUUUCACAUUUCGUUUCAACCAACGUGAACCAUAUUGGGUUCGGCCACGGAAGGCAUGCCUGCCCAGGAAGAUUCUUUGCCGCUGCAGAGACCAAAGUGGCUCUGUGCCACAUACUUCUCAAGUAUGAUUUCAAGCUAGUUGGAGAAGCACCCCCAAAGAUCUUGGCGAUUGGAUCAAUCACUAGCGCGAACCCUUUCGCAAAAAUUGCAAUUCGACGUCGAGAGGAAGAGGUUUCACUUGGUGUAUCGGAGCCUUGA